AUGAAAGUGUACAACCCCAAGAUGGGCAUGGACGCACUGCAGGUGUUCCCCGAGAGCCAGGCGGCAGCCAACCAGCGCUCAGGCCGCGCGGGCCGCACCGGCCCCGGCACCUGCUACCGCCUCUUCACAGAGAGCGCCUUCAAGCACGAGAUGCUCACGGCCAGCGUCCCGGAGAUCCAGCGCACCAACCUGUCCAACGUGGUGCUGCUGCUCAAGAGCCUGCGGGUGGACAACCUCCUGGAGUUUGGCUUCAUGGACCCACCCCCCACGGACAACAUUCUCAACUCCAUGUACCAGCUAUGGAUCCUGGGUGCCCUGGACAACACGUCAGCCCUGACCGACGUCGGCCGCCACAUGGUGGAGUUCCCCCUGGACCCCCCCCUGGCCAAGAUGCUGCAGGCCGGCGCCCGCAUGGGCUGCGGCGCGGAGGUGCUCACCAUCGUCAGCGUGCUGUCCGUGCCCACCGUGUUCUUCAGGCCCCCCGACCGGGCCGACGAGAGCGACGCGGCGCGUGAGAAGUUUUUCGUGCCUGAGAGCGACCACCUCACGCUGCUGCACGUGUACAACCAGUGGAAAAACAACGGGUACAGGGGUGACUGGUGUGAGCGCCACUUCCUGCAGAACAAGGCCCUGCGCAAGGCCAAGGAGUGCGCUUGA